GCGAAGACGGAAAAUCUCGUCGGAAAACACGAAAAAAUUGACUUGAAAACUGAGAAAAUCCCCUCGUCCUGCUCGGAACGUGUUCGUGCAUCGUCCGUACCUGUCUCCGUUCAAGGAACCCCGAAUAGCAACAACCCAAAAGUGUUAAAAUACCUGAAAAAAAUUCCCGAAGACUUUCUCACUUUAAAAAAUUUAAUUUGCUAAUUAAAAGAAAAUCUCUAAAAAUCAAAAACCAGUGAACUCCAGUUGAAAACUCAAAGAAAAAACGCGAAAAUUAUCAAAAAUAACAAUUUCGGCAACAAGAAAAAUGCAAAUCUAGAGCAAGAGAGUGUUGUUUUGGUCUCACUACCUCUCGGAUUGACACAAAUAUUGCCGAAAAAAGGUAAAAAUCAGUGAAAAAUUGACCAAAAAUCAAUUGUGGCAGCUUAAAAAUCGUAAAAAACGUAAAAGUAACAGGAAAUUUCAAGCAAAAAGUGCAGCUAAAAGUCAAAAAGUCGUAAAAGAACGUAAAGUGAAAGCAAUCACAUCUCAGAAAAAGAAGGCUAAAUGACCUUAAAAUGGCCCUGCCGGUUUCAUUUCGACGAACCCUUCUGGUUCUACUAAUUGUCAUGAUAUUCCUCAUUUUUGUCGUGUAUUGGAGUCAAAAUGGUGACAAUGACGACAACAAGCCCAUCAACAGCCAAGUGUUUGGUCACAUCAAUUCCAACGGUUUUGAUCGACGACGACAGCUGAGUGACAUCCUUUCCAACAAAUAUCUGGUACCGCCAGAAAAGACGUGGACCUACAAAUGCGUGAAUAAUCGUUGCGUGCGACGCCACUUCCUCAACACGUCAAAGCAUGCGAUGAAAAAACGCGUGCCGUUCCAAACGUGCUCGAUGCUCUGCGGCCCACCCAACAUUUGGCCACAGCCCACAAUCAAAACGGUGCUCAGCAGCAAGGCGCUGAAAUUCAAAUCAAGUGAUAUUAAAUUUAGUGUAAAUUCCGCAUACAAAAAUGUAAAUAAUUUACUUAAGAAUGCUUUUGACAUCUUUCUGCGGGAAGUGCAAGACUUCGAAACGGGCGGCUAUGGCGAUGGCGUAAGCGACGGCAGCAGCAAUGGUGGCAAUGCUAAUGCAGCAACGAGCAGCAAGCAACGUCGCAGCAAGGAAAAUCCCGACAAUAAUAAUAAUUUCGUAGUUGCGAGUGACAAGAAUGACGACAAUAACCGCGAAAAUGAGAUUUCGGAUAAUUUUUUGCCGUUUUUAUCGAUGGGAAGUCAGAAGAAGUAUGACGUCAUUGCGUUUAAUGUGAAUGCCAAAGUAACGGAGCACGGAGACACGUAUCUCACGUUGCACACAGACGAAAGUUACAAUUUGACACUCAGCUACAACGAUAAGACUGUCGAUGUGAAAAUAGUUGCCAAAUCAUUUUUUGGAGCGAGACAUGCACUUGCCAGUCUUCAACAACUCAUCUGGUACGACGACGAGGACGAUUCAUUAAAAGUUCUCAGUCAAGCAUUUAUUGACGAUGUGCCAAAAUUCAAUUAUCGCGGUUUAAUGUUAGACACGUCGCGUCAUUACUUUUCCGUGGAGUCUAUCAAGCGAACGCUCAUCGGCAUGGCUCAUUCCAAGCUGAAUCGCUUCCAUUGGCACAUCACGGAUUCCCAGAGUUUUCCCUUCGUGUCGAAAUAUUAUCCCGAGUUGGCGGCUCAUGGUGCCUAUUCUGCCAGCGAAAUUUACACAGGCGACGAUGUGAAGGAAAUUGUUGAAUUUGCGCGCGUUCGGGGCAUUCAAGUCGUGCCGGAAAUCGAUGCGCCCGCACAUGCCGGCAACGGAUGGGAUUGGGGUAUGAAACAAGGACUGGGACAGCUUGCGUUGUGUGUGAAUCAACAGCCAUGGACGUAUUAUUGUGGCGAGCCGCCAUGCGGGCAGCUAAAUCCGAAGAAUAAUAAUACUUAUAUUAUCUUGCAAAAAUUGUAUCAGGAACUUAUCGAGCUUACGGGACCGACGGAUUUCUUUCAUUUAGGUGGCGACGAAGUAAACUUGGAAUGCUGGGCGCAACAUUUCAACGACACCGAUCUCCGGACACUUUGGUGCGACUUCAUGCAAAAGGCAUUCCAGCGUCUCAAAAAGGCAAACAAUGAAUUCCCGCCCGCCAUGACCGCCGUUUGGUCCAGUGGUCUCACCAACAUGCCCUGCCUGAGUAACAAACUGUUCGCGGUGCAAGUUUGGGGCGGCAGUCAAUGGCAAGAAAACUACCAACUGAUCGACAGUGGCUACAAUCUCAUCAUUUCGCACGUCGACGCCUGGUACUUGGAUUGUGGUUUUGGCAGUUGGCGUCCGACAGGCGAACCUGCAUGCAGCCCUUACAGAACGUGGCAAACUGUGUACAAACAUCGACCGUGGGACACAAUGCGUCUCAAUAAGGAACAAAUGAAGCAAAUUCUCGGAGGUGAGGCAUGCUUGUGGACCGAACAAGUCGACGAAAUGGCACUGGAUUCGCGAUUGUGGCCUCGAGCGAGUGCCCUGGCGGAACGUUUAUGGACAGAUCCGGAGAACUCGAAUGAUCCUGACACGAUUCCGCGCGAUAUUUUUAGCAGAAUGUCCGUUUUUCGGAAUCGAUUGUUGCAUUUGGGCCUGAAGGCGGAACCAAUUUUCCCGAAAUAUUGCGCCCAAAACCCCGAGGAGUGUAUUUAGUUUUUAGUUACUGCGGUGGGAGCGAAUGGCGGAGCAGCUGCGAAGGCGGGCGAGACUGUCACAACGUCACGACGACCACCGUGGGAAAUCAAAAUGGUGCAAACGGUUUCAUAGCGAGCUGCAAUAUUAAGAAAUUAAUAUUUUCUUUGUCUAGAACUAGUCUUUCGAUAAUUUUAACAGAUUUUUACGUAAUUUAAUUUAGCAAUUUUUAGUGUGUACUUAACAAAAAAAGACGCUAACAACUCUUUUACCUUAACAAUAACGUUACUUAUUUUCUUUUAUAGAAACGUCGUGAUUUUUUUAUGUUGCUCGACCUCUGUGUUCACAUUAAUUUUAACUGUAAAAUGGUAUAAAUACUGUAAAUAUCAUAAAAAAAUACGUUAAGCAUGU